CGUUCCCGAGAGAGUCACCGCUGGACCGAGUCGAUCUUCGCUGGCGAGUUCGUAGAGGAGGUUUUCACCAGAAACACAUUCACGCAGACGGCAGGAAUUCCCUUUGAAAGCUAUGUCGAAUUUCCUGGCCCAUAUCAAGUAUUUGACUGGCUCCCCGGACGAAUCGGCUGACCGGGACGGACGCGUUGUAGAAGAAUGGACAAGGAAAGGCGGCGUGACAGAUGACACAAGGGGCGCGGCAUUGCCCGAGGACACUGAGGAGAACUGGGACUCAGUACUGAACCUAUACACCGCCCAAUCUGCCUCUGGACCCGCGGACUAUCCUCCAAUACUAUCCAAGCUCGUUGCGAAACCGAACCUCCGAGACGUCCUCCCGUCACUAUCAUCAAUUCUAAACUCCAAAGGUUCGGAUGACUCGAUAUCCGAACAGCUCGCAGACAUCAUUGGCUUCGACGAUAUCGAGCUGGUGAUGGAAAUUUUGGCCGAUCGAGCUACCACAGCCAGAGCAGUAGAAGAUUACCUGCGCGGCACCGAAAACAGCCAAUCCAUUUACUCGCGGAAUAGCCCACAGAUCGGUAACCAAUCACAUGCCCCAAGUAGUAUUGACCCCGAGGCUGCUCGAAGACGUAUGGAGGAGACGUUACGCGCCAACGCCGCUCGCCCGCUGUUUACCGGAACCGCACAUGAUGCACCGGAAGUAUUGCCGCAUGUAUAUACAUCUGCAUCUGCGGUCCAAGGGAAUGUAUUAUCUCAUCUUGGCACGCGAUUUCUUCUACCCCUAGGUACGACGCGCAUGAUGAACGAGGAUUACGAAGAAGUCACAAUCCCACCUACAAAACCGGUCCCUCCUCGCAUAAAUGAACGUCUCCUUCCUGUCUCGGAGCUUGAUCCCCUCGCGAAAGGUUCCUUCCCUGGCUACACUUCGCUGAACAGGAUACAGUCCAUCGUGUAUCCCACUGCGUAUCAUUCAAACGAGAACAUGCUCGUAUGCGCUCCCACUGGUGCCGGUAAAACGGAUGUCGCCAUGUUAUCCAUUCUGCGGGUCCUGAAUCAACACAGGUCUGCCCACGGAAACAACUCAAUUGCCGCUUCGAUCCAAAGAGAUAGAUUCAAGGUGGUCUACGUCGCACCUAUGAAGGCACUCGCUUCCGAGAUUACUAGGAAGCUUGGAAAGCGGCUCAAAUGGCUGAACAUUCUUGUGCGGGAACUCACUGGUGACAUGCAGCUCACGAAGGCCGAAAUUGCGGAGACGCAAAUGAUCGUUACCACCCCAGAGAAGUGGGAUGUCGUGACUCGCAAGCCAACAGGCGAGGGUGAACUUGCAUCGCAAGUGAAACUGCUCAUCAUUGAUGAAGUUCAUCUGCUUAACGAUGAGCGUGGUGCAGUCAUCGAGACAAUUGUCGCGCGCACAUUACGACAGGUAGAAUCAACACAGUCUGUCAUUCGUAUCAUCGGCCUUAGUGCCACCCUGCCCAACUACAUCGAUGUCGCGGAAUUCCUCAGCGUGAACCGUUACACCGGUCUGUUCUACUUCGACUCGUCCUUCAGGCCUGUGCCGCUUGAGCAACAUUUCAUUGGCGUCAAAGGCAAGCCCGCGAGCCCGCAGUCUCGCAAAAACCUAGACCUUGUGUCGUUCGAGAAGGUAUCUGAGAUGGUGCGGGAGGGGCACCAGGUCAUGGUGUUUGUCCACGCGAGGAAGGAGACGGUCAAGACUGCCCUUGCCCUCAAGGAAGCCGCUAUGGCGGAUGGUUUACUCGACGAGUUCAUCUGUGAAGACCAUCCUCAGUUCGAUUUCUUCCGCCGGGACAUUGGGACGUCGAGGAAUAAGGAGAUGAAGCAGCUCUUCGAUAGCGGCUUUGGCAUACACCAUGCCGGUAUGUUGCGUACGGAUCGAAAUAUGAUGGAGAGGAUGUUCGAAGCAAGGGCGAUAAAGGUCCUGUGCUGUACUGCAACACUAGCGUGGGGUGUUAACCUUCCCGCUCAUGCAGUCAUCAUCAAGGGCACGCAAGUGUACGACUCGUCAAAGGGAUCUUUCACGGAUCUGUCUGUCCUAGAUGUCUUGCAGGUGUUCGGUCGAGCAGGUCGACCAGGACUGGAGACCAGCGGUGUCGGGUUCAUCUGCACUACUGAGGACAAGUUACAGCAUUACCUCGAUGCGGUCACUUCUCAGAAUCCAAUCGAAUCAAGGUUCAUUGGUGGUAUCAUCGACGCUCUCAACGCCGAGAUCGCACUGGGCACUGUCGCCAAUACGCACGAUGCAGUACAAUGGAUAGGUUAUACCUACCUCUUCGUUCGAAUGCGCAAGAACCCAUUCCAAUAUGGUCUUACUCGCGACCAGGUAGCAGACGAUCCGAAUCUCGGUACCAAGCGCAACCAACUCGUCGUUGAGGCGGCUACGAAGCUGGCUGAUGCACGGAUGAUCACAUUCGACAGGAUGACUGGUAGUUUCACGAUCCUCGACCUCGGUCGGAUCGCCGCGAAAUAUUACAUUAGGCAUGCAUCGAUAGAAAUCUUCAACAAGCAAUUCAAGCCAAAGAUGUCAGAGGCCGACGUCCUAGCAAUGUUGUGUAUGAGCACGGAGUUCGAUCAAAUCCAAGUUCGAGAUAAUGAGGUAGAGGAGUUGGAGCUGCUCAUGGAACACGUUCCAUGUGCCGUCAAGGGAGGCACGGACUCAAGUCAGGGAAAGGUCAACAUAUUGCUGCAAAGCUACAUAUCCGACAUCCGCCCGGAGGACUUCGCCUUGGUAUCCGACCAAGCGUAUGCAGCGCAGAACGGGGGCCGUAUCGUGCGCUCGCUUUUGGAGAUCGCCAUAAGCCGCAAGUGGGCGAAUGUUAGCGCUGUGCUGAUGGGCUUGAGCAAGGCUAUCGAGAAGCGCCUGUGGCCUUUCGAUCAGCCACUAAAACAAUUCCAACUGAAGCGGGAUGUGCUCUACAACCUCGAACGGUGGGCCGAUGACUACUCGGUCGCUGAGCUAGCUGCCAUGUCGGCAGCAGAGCUAGGCCAGCUCGUCCGACUCAACGAGCACCACGGUGGUGCUAUUCGCGAUGCCGCGAAACAAUUCCCCACAGUUGCGCUUGCCUACAAGUUACGGCCGCUGGGUUCGAACGUGCUGAGGAUCUCCGUACGCGUUACACGGAAGUUCAAUUGGAGCUCCAGGAUCCAUGGUUCUUCUGAGCCGUUCUGGUUGUGGAUUGAAGACGACGAGGGGAUCAACAUCUUACAAAUGUCGCAUCUGGUGUUUCGGCAAGGCACGGAUGCGCUGGAUGUUGAUUUUGUCAUCUCAAUACCAGAAAGCCAGCGACCUCCGUUCGCAACGAUACGAUUCGUCUCCGACAAAUGGAUGGGCGCGGAGGAUGAAGUCGCGGUACCAUUCGACGAUCUUGUCAUGCCGUCGGCUUCUGACUCGCAUACUCCUCGCCUGGACAUUCCAUUCCUUCCCCUCUCCGUUCUACACAGCCCCAUAGUCGAGAAGCACAUGUCGCGUAGAAUACACAGCUUCAAUGCUCUGCAAAGCCACGCGCUAUGGAGUCUUGUCAAUACGCCAUUACAUGCGCUGCUCUGUGCUCCUACAGGUUCCGGCAAGUCUACAUUAGCGCAAGCAACGAUAUGGAACACAUUGCAAAGUGCUACGGAAACAUCCUGGGUGCUCGUGGUGGUCCCGCGUCGCAGCGUGGCCGUCGAGAUGGUCACCGAAAUGCGUCCAAUCUCGGAGAUGCUCAACAUCCCCGUGGACCUGAGCACGGCAGAGGCAUUAUUGUCAGCUCCUAAGAAGAAGACCAUCCGUUUCGCUACUGGUGCUGAUUUGCUGCGGUCCAUAACACGCACACGGCACCUCAAAUCUGCUCUCUCGGGGCUGAAGCUAGUCGUAUGCGAAAACCUGGAACUGCUCGACUCUGCGUACGAGCUCGGGGUGUCCCUUCUUAUCCAUGCGGCGCAGACCCACCCAGUGCGGUUUGUCGGCCUAUCCAGUUCACUCAAUGACCCAGCCGACCUUGCUGCAUGGCUGAAUGUCGACCCCCUGGCCUUGCACAGUUUCCGGUCGAGCGACAGAGACCAGUCGUUGACUGUCCACACCCAGACAUUCACGACCCCGCAAUCGGCCGCCCUCUUCAAGGCGAUGGCAAAACCUGCGCACAUGGCCAUCCGGAAAGCACCCGGUGGGACCGCUAUCGUGUUCGUCCCGUCCCGCGCACAAUGUCGCCCCAUCUCCUUCGAUCUCACCACACAGUGCGCGCUGGAGAUGGAGACAGCCAGAGGGUACUUGCCUGAAGACGCCGCCGUGGAAAGACUCGAACACUACAGGCUGAGGCUCAGAGACAGCGAGCUCAUGGACCAUAUCUCUCGCGGCGUCGGCUUCUUCCACGAAGGCAUCGCAAGAGAGGACCGCAACCUCAUGCUGGAGCUGUACGCGGAAGGCCUCAUCCGCGUGCUCAUCGUUCCCCGCGACGCGUGCUGGAGCCUCCCUGUGCGCGCGACCACGGUCGUCGUCAUGGGCACACAGUAUCUGCACGUCACGGACGAGGAGCGGCAACUGCGCGACUACGGUCUCGAGGAGCUCGCCCGUAUGCAGGGCCGCGCGGUGAGCCACACCGGCGCGGGGCACUUCCACCUCUUCUGCCAGGUCGAGAGCAAGGACACGUUCAUGCGGUUCCUCAACGACGGCCUGCCGCUCGAGUCGAAGCUCCUGCAGACAGACGUGCUCCGGGCGUGGUACCGAGAUAGGCGGAAGGAUGGGAGCAUCGUGGAUAAGCAGCAGGCGGUCGAUGCGCUGUCGUUCACGUUCCUCGCGCGCCGGCUGACGAGCAACCCGGUGUACUAUGAUUGCUCUUCCACGUCUGUCAACGAGCUGCUUUCCCGUGUGGUAGACAGUCUGGAUG